AUGUGUCGCGUUGGACCCGAGAGUCGUGGCUCUCAUCAUCCUGAGUUAAAGGUUCCUUUUGUCUCAGUACUUCCCGGAACUUCCCUUGCAUUCCUUAUAGAAGUGUCAUCAGAGUACUCCCCUAUACCAGCUCAGCAGUUUCCAGCCUCCCCGGCAUAUGUUUCUUUACCACCUGAGGACCCGGACGAGGAUCCCGAAGAAGACCUAGAGGAAUCAUUUGACUUAGGCCUACAAGAUCGCCCUGGCAAGUUACCAGCUAGAAGGAGAAGCGGAUCAUUGGUGGUCCUUGAUGAAAAAUUCUCGGGACACGACAAGUAUGACUUCGGCUCAGGUGAGAUGACAGUGACUCAAUAUGUGGCCAAGUUUGAAGAGCUGGCUCGAUAUGCUGCCCAAUACGUCGCAAAUGAAGGAGAGAAAACACAAAAAUUCGAGUGGGGUUUAGACCCUAUCAUCAGAGGUAGAGUGUUAGCCUUGUGCCUUCCUACAUUUGUUGAUGUAGUAGGUACGACAUUGGAUGCAGAAAGGGAGUGGGCAGACUCAAAAAGGACUUGGAUGAUGAAAACGAAGAAAAGGGGUCAGUCCUUUGUAGGACCAAGAAGAAAUGACCGAAGGAAUGUGAUAGGACACAAGAAGUCGGAAUGUCCCCAACUCACUGGGAUAGGAAAUCAAGCAGGGGGUUCGGGUGCGAAUGCUCAAGUUAUUGGCGGACAAAGGCCAUGGAUGAACAAGUCAGGAGGGGCAACAGGAGGAAACCGAAAGGUUGGACCAACCGGUAAUCAAAAAGCCACAGGCAGAGUUUUUGCUUUCCAAGAGGAAGAUGAUGAAGAUCCAUCAGUAAUUAGAGGUCUUGAAUGUGAACCUUUAGAAACUACUUUAUGUGUUGCAUCACCCUUGGGAGAAAGCAUUAGGUGGCAUCGACAAUUUGCUGGAUGGUUAGCAAGUUUGAUCAUUAAUGAAGAAGCUCGAUUAGAAUUAAAUCUUUCGCGUGUAGUUUGUCGAGGGUGUGAAUUAGAAGUGUCAGGGUUACACUUGAGUUGCGACCUUCGGGUCAUGAACAUGUCCGAUUUUGACAUAAUCUUGGGUAUGGAUUGGUUAUCCGCCCAUCGAGCAAUGAUUGAUUGCUACCACAAGAGGGUGACGGUUUGCACACCUAGUGGAACGUGUUUCCAAUUUAAGGGGGAUAAAAAGGAUUCCCUGAGCACUAUAAAUCGUAAAAUGCAGUGGCAUCGACAAUUUGCUGGAUGGUUAGCAAGUUUGAUCAUUAAUGAAGAAGCUCGAUUAGAAUUAAAUCUUUCGCGUGUAGUUCGUGAAUACGCUGAUGUUUUUCCUGAAGAAUUGCCAAGAUUACCGCCGUAUCGUGAUGUAGAUUUUAGUAUCGAGUUACAAGCGGGUACUGCACCAAUAUCCCUAACGCCCUACCAUAUGGUUCCUGCCGAACUUUGGGAAUUGAAGACGCAACUGCAAGAAUUACUGGAAAAAGGAUUUAUCCGACUAAGUAUCUCACCGUGGGAAGCACCAGUUCUAUUUGCAAAGAAAAAAGACGGAACACUAAGAUUGUGCAUAGAUUAUCGACAACUCAAUUGA